GCGGCGUGGGGGCGACAGCCAAUGGGAGGGCACGAUAUUGAGGCUGCCAGGCGCGAAGCCGGCGGGAUGGCCUGCGGCUUUCAGAAGCCGUCGCUGGGAGCCGCGGCGCAGAGGAAGAAGGCGAAUCCCAAGCUGGAGCUGCCGGAGGAGCAGCAGCGGGAGAUCCGCGACGCUUUCGAGCUCUUCGACACCGACGGCAGCGGCAGCAUCGAUGUCAAAGAGCUGAAGGUGGCCAUGAGGGCCCUAGGGUUUGAACCUAAGAAAGAAGAGAUCAAGAAAAUGAUCUCUGACAUCGAUAAGGAAAGGACAGGAAAAAUCAGCUUCAGUGACUUCCUGGCAGUGAUGUCACAGAGAAUGGCUGAAAAAGAUUCCAAAGAGGAGAUUCUCAAAGCUUUCAAACUCUUUGAUGAUGAUGAGACUGGAAAAAUCUCUUUCCAAAACCUCAAACGUGUGGCCAAAGUGCUGGGGGAGAACCUCACUGAUGAAGAGCUGCAGGAGAUGAUUGAUGAGGCAGAUCGGGAUGGGGACGGGCAAGUGAGCGAGCAGGAGUUCCUGAGGAUCAUGAGGAAGACCGGCCUGUACUGAGCCCAGUGGGAUUUAUUCCUUGGCACUUGUGUACAUCCCUUAGGGAAUGGGAGCCUCACUUUUGUGGUGUCUUGAUUUCUUUGGAGGCAGCAGAAAUACAGGUCAGUUCUC